UACAAGGGAAGUAACUCAGCCUUUUAUUUUUGUCUCCAUUAUACCCACUUGUAUCAUUAUGGACGCGAAGUACGACCAUUCCCUAAUGGGCAUCUUGCAACAAGAGGGACAAUUGGGCUCGUUUUUAGAUGUUAUCAUGGGAUUUCUAUACCGAAGAACUGACUUUUACCAUCUACUCAGAGAUAAAAAUGACACUAAAGGAUUUCCUCCUGGAAUGGCAUUAAACAUAUUACUCAAAUCAUAUCGUCAGUUUGAAGACAUGGCAAAGAAAGAUCCAGAGAAAAUGAUGAUUCAAAGUGAUGCUGACAUCAAGAAACAGGAAUGUGAAGAAAAAAGAACUUCAAAAGCUGAAAGUCCAAAGAAAGCAUCUUCUAAAACAAAUAUAACUGUGGGCCAAAAAUCUGAAGCAAAUUCACAACAGACCAAACAACACAAAACAUCUUCAGAAUUAAGCACUUCUGAAAAAGAGAAAAAAACUGAAGAAAGUUCUAGCAAGAAUGACUCUAAUGUACCGUCAAACUAUCAAGCAGAUUCUGAAUGUUACAAUGGAGCUGAGCGAGAUACUUAUUCAUGGUCACAAUCAAUCACUGACUGUGAUUUGAGAGUCAAGGUUCCAAAAGAUUUGGUUAAAGGAAAACAAGUGAAAGUUGUGUUUAAUAAAAAACAUCUCAAAAUCUCCUAUAAAGAUGAUAAUGGAGAAGAAAAUAUCCUAGUAGACGAUGAUCUAAUGUGGGAGAUCCACAAAGAGGAAUGUAUGUGGAGUUUAAUUCCUGGAGAACAUGUUCAUAUUUCUUUAGAAAAAGUACAAGAGCGUUGGUGGGAAGCUGUGUUUGUUAAUGAGCCCAAGAUCAAUGUUCGAGAAAUUGACUGUUCACGCCCAAUGUCAGAUUUAAAAGAAGACGAACAGAUGAAACUACAUGAGUUGAUGCACAACGAGCGACAGAAACGUCUGGGAUUGCCACAGUCUCAUGAAGAGAAAGCACAUGAUAUGCUGAAACAAGCUUGGCAUGCUGAAGGGUCACCUUUCAAAGGUCAGGAAUUUGACCCAAGUAAAUUUAAGAUAGACCCCAGUGGUGUUUUGACAAUGAAUCAAUGAUAGUAAUAUAUAUUCAUUGUUGUGAAUUGAUGAUCUGUAUAAAUAAAACAUUAAUACCCCAACA